UGUAGGGAUCUCUGGCCAGGAGACGGCGGCUCUGGUGCAACUUCUAAAACUUUUACCAAACUCCUCUUAAUUAAAUACAACUUUUCUCCUGAUCGAUCCAACUGCACGGGUCGAUAGCAGCGUGAGCAGAGCGGGCGUGUGUUGUUGUGCGUGAUCUAUUGGACACUACUGGAUGGAAUAAAAUAAGACUUUUUAAGGAAAAGUUGGGAGGAUAAAAGUAAUGGAAGUGAUGUACAGAGCUAAGGUGGCUAACGCUAGCUGAGGUGGCUCACGCUAACUACGGUGGCUAACUUUAGCCUUGGUUCUGUACGUUUGGACAUGGCCCCGUAUAGUGGAAGCUAUCCUGCGAGUCUCAAACUACAACCAGGAUAAAUGGAACACUCGUAGUUAGAGAAGCAAGGCCUAUUGUUUUGAUGGGGAAACGUCAAUAAAUGUCCUGGAACGUUGGAUCAUAAGAACAUAUUAACAUUUGAGAGAGAACUUUGGAUCCAUCUCUGGUGGGGUCAGUGCCAACGUACCUCAGGACCUGUUUGCGUUGGAUGUAAGGGUCGCUGCCACGAUGAAGGUGACCGUGAUGUUCGGGCGGACCGGGGUGGUUGUGCCUUGUAGAGAGGGAUGGACGGUCCAGGACCUCAUCCAGCAAGCCACCCAGCGGGUCAGAAAGCUACUGGAACAGGAAGGGGAUUUCCUGGUUCGGACACACCAUGUGGAGUACUGUGACGGGGGAAUCCUGGACCCAGACGACAUCCUGAGCGACCUGGUGGAGGACAAGGACAAGCUAAUGGCAGUGUAUGAGGAGAAGGAGGCCCAGCAGAGGGGCGUGGCCGGCACUAGUCCCGCCCCCAGCCCAGACCUCUACCAAUCAGAGCUCUCUGUGUUCCAGCCUAUCCGAGGGGGGGAGAUCGAGGUGAACUCCACAGCCCUCAAGUCCAGUACCCCUCUCCUGGUUAGGAGCAGCAGUGAUUCAAUGCUCAGCCCCCCCAUGGACACAGAGACCCCCCACCCUGAAGACUCCAACGCUACAGGCUCCAGCUUGGUUGUAGAGAGCAGUGGAGCGUUGGAGCGGUCAGCCAGCAAACUCUCCUUCAACAGCAGUCUGACUAGAACAGUGGAAAUAUCCGGAGAGCACGGCCCCCUGGGAAUCCAUGUGGUCCCCUAUCUUUCCUCGCUCAGCGGAAGGUCUCUGGGCCUGUACAUCCGUGGGGUGGAGGAGGAGAGUCGCUCCAGGAGGGAGGGGCUGUUUCACGAGGAGGAGUGUAUUGUGAAGAUCAACCACACCCACCUCAUGGACAAAACCUUCAGCCAGGCCCAGGAGGUGUUCCGCAAGGCCAUGCGCUCCCCACUGGUGCGUCUGGAGGUGGUUCCCUCCUCCAAUAGGGAGCGCUACGAGAAGCACCUGAUUGGUCAGCUGUUCGGGGUUCCGCCUGCCACGGAGGGCAGCCCCUUCACAGCCAGGAGCAAGGAGCCCCUGCCGCCCGUCAAAACCAAACCCGCCUUUAAACCCACCGACCAUCCAGCCAACCUAUUGGCCGAGGAGGCUGUCACUCCUGAACCCGCUGCUUCCAAGGGGCGGUGCGAAAGCCCGUUAUUGAGGAAAAGCCCCGCCCUAGGCAACCUGGUGACCAAUAAGAAAGGAGGGAAACGACUGAGGAUUGAUUUAAAGAAAGGUGUGGAGGGCCUGGGCUUCACCGUGGUAACCAGGGACUCCUCGGUGCAUGGCCCUGGCCCCAUCCUCGUCAAGAACAUCCUGCCCCGGGGGGCAGCUGUUAAAGAUGGCCGUCUGCAGUCUGGCGACCGCAUACUCGAGGUGAACGGUGUGGACAUCGCGGGGGUGGGUCAGGAGGAGUUGGUGUGCAUGCUGCGCAGCACACGGCAGGGAGAAUGUGUGUGUCUGGGGGUCCUGCGACAGGACGAGAUGUUUCUCCCCCGGGAGCUGAAGGAGGAGCCCUUGCGGACCCCCCCCCAGCUCCCGGAGGACGGCAAGGAGGAGCUGAUGCUGGAGGUGGCCCUGAACGAGAGCGGAUCGGCGGGCCUGGGGGUCAGCCUAAAGGGCAACAAGUCCCGACACACGGGGGCCGACCUGGGCAUCUUCAUCAAGUCCAUCAUACAUGGAGGGGCCGCCUACAAGGACGGGCGUCUGCGUGUCAACGACCAGCUGGUGGGGGUGAACGGGGCGUCGCUGCUGGGGCGGUCCAACCACGUUGCCAUGGAGACGCUGCGGCGCUCCAUGUCCCAGGAGGGCAACCUGAGAGGGACAAUACAACUGGUGGUGCUGAGAGUACAGGAUCAGCACGGCAUUUCAUCCAACCGCUCGUUUGACAGCACACACGGACUUCCCGGAUUGGCCAACCAGACCAAUGGCACUGCCCACGCGCACAUGAUCAACAACAGCCUCUACUCCUCUGACGUGACCAAUGGGAGUUACUCAUACAUGGACGAUGAAGAGGAUGAAGAGCUGUCUCAUCGGGAACAUGACCUCACACACGGACACUACAGGGAGCCGUCCCUCUCCCCCAGCCUGCGGGGUCUCUCCUACCCGACCCCCAUGCCACUCGACGUGGCCCAGACGCCCACCAGUCCCCAGCCCCAGCGGCAGUACCAGCACGUCAAGGCCUCCAAGAGCAUGGACCUGGGUACGAGUGCCCCCGAGAGCCAGCAGCAACCCGUGGCAGAUGAGAGCAAUGUGGGGUCCCUGGUGAGCAACCAAACAGCCCCCUCACCUCAGGUAGAGCUGGGUCCCACCCUGGGUCUGAAGAAGUCCAGCUCCCUGGAGAGUCUCCAGACUGCCAUGUCGGAGGUCAACAAGAAGACCGAGCUCCUCCCCUUCCAUCGCCCACGCCCUAAUAUGGUCAGGGGGCGGGGCUGCAACGAGAGCUUCCGGGCGGCCAUCGACAAGUCGUACGACGGGCCGGCGGAGGAGGAGGAGGAAGAGGGGUCUGACCAGAGCUCCGGGCGGGACACCCCAGGCAGCAGCUCGUCCCACCAGGGAGCGGGGGAACAGACAGGGGAUCGGACGGAGGAACAGACGGAGGAGACCGCUCCGUCCAAGAAGGAGAAGAACAAGAAGAACAAAGGGAAGAAGAAGGAGAAGAGCCAGGCCAAAGGAAAGGAGAAGGAGAAGAAGAAAGGAGAGGAGACAGAGGAGACAGAGAAGAAGAGCAAGAAGAAAGGAUUUGGCCUGCUGAGGUUUGGGAAGAAGAAGGAGUCCAAGGCUGCGCUGCAGAGGAAGAAGACUGACAUGUUGAGCCAGGAGGAGCUGCACAUCAUGAAGGACGAGAUAGAGAGGAUCGAGGCAAAGCAUCCAGAGCUGAGGGACCCCCGGGCCAAGGGGGACCCCAGGCCCAGGGGCCCAACGGCGGAGGGCAGCCGGGUCCCCGGAGGCCCCCGCUACCAGGAGGUGGAGGACGACGAGGCUGACCCCAACUACGCCCGCAUCAACUCCUUCAGAGACCGAGGGAACGUGGCCUCCACCUCCCCCGCCACGCCGCACUCCUCCCACCCCGCCGACCACGGCCGGGCGCCCUCGCCUCCGCAACAUCCCGCCCACCCCGGUUACGGUAACCACGGCAACGACCCCACGAUGGGACCCAACGGCGACCCCAUGGACGGGCUCUACGCCAAGGUGAACAAGCCCAGAGGAGGCUCCUCCACGGCGGCUGCUGUUGGACCCUCCCCUCCCCCUGCUCACGCCGGUGCUGGUGACAGUGAAAGGAUCCAGCUGCUGAGGAGAGAGUAUCAGCAGGCCAGGAGAGAAGGAAUGACCCCUGCCUAUGAAGACCCUGACCCCCGGCGCAGAGGGCCUGACGACGACACUCACCGGAUCCCUGUCAGAGGAGUGGAGCAUCGCACGGCUCCCCGCUACGAGGAGGUGGAGCGCCAGUACGCCUCCCUGCCAAGGCGCGGCCCCUUGGAUCCCGUAGACUACCCGAUGCAGCCCUGGUCGGGCCCCUACCCAGGGGCCCCUCCACCUACACAGGGAUACCCCCAGCCAGGGCCUGGAUACCCCGGCCCGAACCCCCAGCCGGGGCAGGCCUACCCCGGGUACCCCCCCGGCCAGCCGUACCCCCGAUCAGGAGACCUCCGCAGCGUUGAGCCUGGAUACUAUCCACACCAAAAUCCUCGCCAUCAACCCCAUCCUCUGGCCCACCACCCCCACCCCCAGGCCCCCCUGCACCCCCACCCCCAGGCCCCCCUGCACCCCCACCCCCAGUCACCCCAGCAUCCCCAUCCCCAGGCCCCCCAUCACCCCCAGGCCCCCCAGCACCCUCAGCCCCAGCACCCACCGAGGGGCCCUCUGAGGCAGGACGUUCCCCCCUCGCCUCCGCUCCGCGCCCAGCGCUACGACACCAUGAGCCGCGUCCCUGGUGGAGGAGCAGGGGCCUACAGGAACCCGAGGGAGCCGGUCCCUGACCAGUACGGUUACCUGGGAGACGGAGGGAAACGCCCAAACCAGCCCAACCCUCGACAGAAGAACCCCAUGACCGCCGCUGUCUAGCAGGAGUUUUGCACAGGUGCUCGGCGGUGUUAGCAUCAGGAAGAAACUACGGCUGCAUUCAAAUGCUUUAUCAUGGCUAGGGGGUUUCCAUAAUAUAUUUUCCACAUCUGAAUGCAGCAACAUCAGCAGUAGCUUUCAGCAAAACAGCCCACCUAGCACAUGUACUUUUUUACUAUCUAUGUAUUUUCAUUGAUUUUGUGUCCCUGUCCUACAGUGCAAUAAGGUUUGAGAUUGUAUUCCAACCAAAGUCGGAUUAGCCCAAAACAGACAGGAUAGGAUGUAACGAGUAACAAAAAAUAAUGAUGGAAAACACUUUCAAUUGAUUAGCAUACAUAUAUAUAUAUGUACCCGUAGCUGUACCUUAUAAUAAUAUGUGUAAUAAUGUACCAGUACAUGCAUGUUAUUUUUAUGACCAACAGAAGGUUCAAACCAAACAUCUUGUGUGUGUCCUAACACCCAGGGUUUUCCCUGGCUCCGAAAAGGCGUAGGUGAAAGCGAUAGCGAACGUUAUUUGAUGAGCGUUUUAAUGAUGCAGUAUUACGUGCCAGCCAGGCUCCCCUGGUAUGAUCGACCCGGCACGCCCACUUAUCACAUCGACCUGUUCCUCUAAGUGAUCGCCUGCUCAAACGGUAGCUGUCCGCCCUUGAUGGGUUGUAAAAACAGUUAAAAGGCCUGGAUUGGUAAUAAUCUAGGGCGCGGAGCAGAUCAUACAAUGGAGAUAAUAAUAAACAAGGGUCAUAAUGAUAGUUAAUAUCAUUGAUCAUUUCUUUAUUUUAUAUAGCUAUAUCCCAUCCAUAAAUAAUUUGACUAGUUUCCAAACACAGGCCUCAACAAGCAUAUUAGAGAUACAAAAGACAUAUACAAAUCAGGAGCAAUGCUAUAGUACUGUUUAUGAACAAGUACACGUCAUGCCUAAUUAUGCUAUAAACUGCAAACAUUUCUUUGGACAACCAAUAAUUUGGACUUUUCACUAAUAAGAAACCUCAACGUUUCAAAAAGAAAUACCUUAGAUAUAAUCACGACAUAAAGUUCUGUUUAUGUGCACAUGAUCACUGUUAGAUCCAGAUGAAAGUAGACAUAUAAACAGGCUGAUACAAUCACUUUUUUGUUGAUGAUCACUUUUUGGCAUAACAUGAAAAAGGUGGCGCCACCGUAUUCUGCGUCUUCCCCGACUCUUACUAACGGAUACCAGAGUGCUUCUGAUACCAAAACCUGUUGCUGACCGAUCAUGCAUUCAUAUGCAGAUAUCUGUUUAUAGAGGGUAUACAUUACCUUAAUCCCUAACAUGCCGUGUAUACUGUUUAACACACAUGUCCUUCACAUCCAAGUUUCCAUUCAGAUGUAAACUUAGCAUCAAAUGAUUUUGGAAUAAUGAUGCAAGAAGCAUUUCAUGUCCGAUUAGCUGCAAAUGUGAAAUAUUCAAAAACGAUUUAGCGGCAUAUUAAUGUCAGAAUGUAAAUGUUUUGGAUUCAAAACAGUAUUUUAUAUAUUAAGUUGAUUAAUUUUACCUAUAAUUACAUUUCAAUUGAAUACAUAAAGUACAUAGAAAUGUAUAAAUCAAUCUUAUAAUAGCGAUGUUGCUUUUAAAAUCCUCAUAUUGUGCUUUUGGGUUUUGAUUGGAGGUGCAAUUCACCUUGAUUGAUCUUUAUAUCUUUUAUGCAACGUGUAAGAAUGGAUUCUGCUAGCCUUUGUAUGAUUGAAGUACAACUUUGGUACACUCUAACACUUCAUCCUCUAUAUGUAACAAGUUCUUUUUUUGUCAUGUAUUUUUUGCAUAUUUUCAGCCAACCCUUUUAACAUGUGUUGACGAUGGUACAGUAUUUUGAAGAGGUGUAAGGAAUCUCUGUGAUUUCCAGGUACGAACACCAUGUAUUAUAAAAACAGUUUCUGAUGAGAUAUGUUUCUGGUUCAAAACACUGUGAACCAACUACUGCUAGAGUGGUUGAUUUAUAGUUUAUAUUUAAAAUCAUCUUUAAACAAGAGCCCUUAAUCUUCCUGAACAUUCCUAGCUCUAUCUAAUCAGUUGCCGUUACUAAAACUCCCUGAACAACAGCCCCUUGAUCAGUUAGCCAGUGAACAUCAUCUUUGAAUGUAAUUAUGUAACAAUUCCUUGAAUUGUGUUACCGCAGUUAGCAAUGCUAAUUUGUUUAGGCUACCUAUGUUACAAUACGAUUCCUCUCCUUCAUAGCAGUGUCUACGUUUUUUUUUUUUUUUCAAACCACAAUGUUUUUAGCCAGUGGUACUUUUUGUAUGAAAUACAUUUUGUGAAUUAUUUUCUAUGCUCGCACUGGAACACAGUCAGGCUGUGUGUGUGUGUGCCAGCGUCCAGGCUGUUCUCAGCUCAGAAGGCACAUACACACACACAUUUGUUUUGAGAGAGUUGCAUGCAAAACCAAUUAUUGACAGUUCUAGAAUGUGGAAUAUCCAGUUACAGUGUGUUUUUUUUUUUGUUGUUGUAUCAUUGUGUCUCAUCGUCAAUGUUCAAAUCUGGAUCACAGAUUGCUGUGUUCUCAGACCGGCGCCAAAGAUUAGAAGUGUUGCCACUAAUAGGACCACGAAUCUGAACCAACCAGUUGCUGAUAGAUGGCUCCAUGUGUGAUAUGUUGUAGUGUAUAUAGUCCAGAAGAAAGAGAGAACGAAAGAAAGGUUGAAGGAAGGAAGAAAGAAAGUGAGAAGAAAGUGAAAGAAGGAAAAAAUUACUAAAAGAUUUAUGGGUUGGGGAAGAUAGCAACGUAAAAGAAUGUGAGGAUUACGAAUGAAAAUAGAAACCUUUCUUUAAAGUCUGACCUUUAAAGAUGUGUUUAGAGACAUUAAUGCUAACUAUGUACAGAAUCGUAUGCUGUCUCAGUAUUCAGUACCAGAGCACAGAGACAUGGGGUUUAGAUAGGCCUAGGGUGGCCCCCUGCACGUGAACCUUGGUCUGGUGGUCCUCACCAGCCCUGACUCUGUACCUGCGUGCCCCCAUGCUCUGAUUUAGAAUCCUGACAACCCACCGAGCGAGCGGCCAAGGUCUGGUUGGGUCUGGUUCUCAGGCGAUACCACAGAAGUUUGAAUCGCCCGUGUGAUCGUAGUUUUGCUGGAGUUGAUAUAUAAGAUGUGAAACUUUCUAGUGUGUGACUUUUUUUCCCGUGUCCUAACUGCUCUGCUAUAACACAAUGUCACAAGCAAAUUAUAUGUGUAUUCAUAUAUAUAUAUUUCAUUUUUAACAAUAUUCUCCUGUUUUUUGUCUAGAAUUGUAGACCCGUGUUUAGAGAAUGUCCGUCAUGAAGUUGACGGACGAUGUGAAGUUGGGAAAAUCUCACCACACAAUUAUAUCGUUUACGUUUUUUUAUUAAACCAAAUCUGAAGUGUAUGUUUCUAAGUGCAGUUAUCUGUGCUUGAUGGCUUGGGGUUUCCCACUAGCUCACUUUAGCACACCGCUAAGCUCAUUUAAUGUAUGUCUCUCUGAUGCUGCAGUAUACCACUUUUACAAGUGUUUCUAUAAUCAAAGGUACUAUCCUGACCACUCCAUUUAUAAAUAUACUCUUUUGUCAUGUAUAACCAAGAGUUCUGGUUUUAAAUUGUCCUACAUGCCGAUAGACUGAAGGAAGCAAAUCAUUGACGUUUUAUAAGAAUCGUUUAAAAAAACACCAAAAUCUAUCGAUGGAUGUUUUGUUUUUGAUCAAAAUCUCAAUCCUUUAUUUGUAUCUAAUGGAUUGAUUAAUCACCAGAUGCUUAUGCUGUAUUUCAUAUAUAUUUAUGUUUUGGAACAUUUGUUUUGCAAUACAAUUAAAUUGUUUUAACAAAAAACAAAAAAGA